AUGUCGGUGGAUCGGGUCCAUCGUCUCGGAAGGCGCGAGCGCGGGAGAGCGCUGCAUCCGGGUGCAAUGGACGGAGGCGAAAGAUUCGCGACGCGGACGGUAGCUGUGCUGCGGUCCCGACGCUCGGUGGACGACGCAGCGAGUCGUCGCGACUAUGGGGAGACGCGUCUGUUGGCGGCGACGUGGUGA